AUGCUUUCACCCCCUCAUCUGCAAUUACCAACGAACACAAAAGCAGCACUGAUGCAUACGAAUACGAAUGCUGAUUCAGAAUCAGCCGAUAAGUUAUCAAGAACUAUGCAUCUUCUGGGCAGCCGAACAACCAUAAUUUGUGAACCAACUGUGAGCGGAGAAGCAACGGACACUUUGAAUGCGAACAGCUCGCUGAAGAGCCCGCCAUUGAUUUGUGAACAAGGACCCAGCACUCCGUCGUCACCGACAAGUCCUGUCAGUUCACGUCUUCGACGUCCUAGCCCUCUGACUGCGGAUGCAAUGGAGAGGAUUAAUAUGGUAAGCUUUCUCGACCUCUUAACACUAACGGCUGCUUAUCCGGCAGCAAUGGGUUUCAGCAAGUUAUCACCACUUAGUCCUCAUACUACUAGUGAUCUCGGCUCAAGUCCACGCAGUUCAGUGAGUCUUGCACCAAGUAGUCUUGGUCCAUGUUGGACUGGCUUCAGAGACAGUAAAAAAUCCAGUGUUGAAUGCGAUAGUGAUUCGGAUAUUUAUGGCAAAGAUCUCCUUUCCCCUUGUAUGAUAUAUUCGCCAGCACCGUUUAGUCCGUUCAGUGAUUGUACUGAGCCUCCCGAAACACCUUACUCGGCAUUCGGUAUGGGUCAUUCACCAGCAAUGUCACCGCUCUUACCGAUGAAAUCACUUCACUUCAGUUUCGAUCCAAUUCGUAGUGCCAGUUCACUGUCUGGCCGAACUGAAAACAGUCAACAUCAGUUGCUUGUUCCCGGUUCCCGUUUGGACUCUGAAACAAGAGAAAGAAGCCGUUCCGAUGGUGAAAUGGCUGCGAAAAGUGCCGAUGAAGAAAUGGAUACGAGCAUAGGGCAUUCAACUGUUUCAGUUCCCGCUACCACAAGUCGAGUGAUUUCUUCAACCGGGCAAUAUAAAAAACGUCUUCUUCAGAAGUAUGAAAAAGAGCAGGAAGGUCGAAAAUUGUUCAAAAGUCAAGAACAAGAAUCGACACCACCUGAAAUAGGCGAAGUAAAUUCUUCGCCUGGAACUGAGGGCUCUGAAUCCGAAGAUUUGGAGUUGCACAGUGUUAGCCGGCCACUGUCAAGACAACCAACAAACGAAGAAACUCCAUCGUCACCAUUACCCGAUGCGAAAGCGAAACAACUUUCUGAAGCAGUUUCUGAAGCACUUGGUAAUCAGAAUCAAUUCAACGCUUGGAUGCAGCAACAACUGAUAGCCUGGCAGAAUCACUGGUACAGAAGUUCGAGAAUGCUUCCAACUGCUGGCGUUCAAUUGGCUACGCCACAUGGACUCAUAGGCGUUCAUACGCCGAAUCCUCAGCUGUUAAUUCCUCCAUGUGAACAUUUAUCGCGUGGGUUGGUUCGAAAUACUGGUUCACCUGAAUUGGAUGGUAAAAUUGGACCUAUUAAGAAUGCGACAAUGUGGCGAAGAAGUCGCUCCGAAUCAGAUGUAUCAGCUGGUAAUUACGUAUGUCAGCAUUGUGGACAGGCGUUUGCAUUGCACGAUCGACUCGCGAAACAUAUUGCAUCACGUCACCGAGAUCGUUCUGCUUCAAUAAUUGAAGAGGACGGACCAUCAAAAAGCCAUAAAUGUACCAUUUGCAAUAAAGCGUUCGGAAGGAGUGACAUGCUGACGAGGCAUAUGCGUCUUCAUACUGGCAUUAAACCUUAUGGAUGUCAUAUUUGCGGACAAGUGUUCUCACGAAGUGAUCACCUAAGCACACAUCAACGAACUCACACUGGUGAAAAACCGUAUCAAUGCCCACAAUGCAACUAUGCAGCCGUCAGUUUUAAAUAUAAGCUCAUGUGCCUUAUUUUAAGUCGUCGUGAUAUGAUAACACGACAUAUGAGGACACACGUACGGCCAUCUGCGUCACCAGAUUUUAAUGCUCUCGCUAUUGGUCGCCUGACCUUAAGUCAAGGUGCCUCACCGAUCUCUCCGAAUGGAUGUGAAUUAACACAUGAAAAUGUUGGAUUGGGACCGCCACCCACUCUCGGCCCUACGGGAAGUCCGGGUGGCUCACAGCGAUCGCUGGCAAAGAAUCCGUUGUUGGCAAGCACGAUUGGAUGUAGUUUCGAUGGUGGGGGUAUGCAUAAAACUUCAAAUUACAUUCUACACGCUGUAUCUUCAGGCCCAGUGAACAGUUCUGAUGGGUUAAGCAAUCCACACGGUUCUGAUGCCAUUCUAAUCGGCUCAGGUUUGCGACCAAGUGCAUUUACUGCUCGUCGUCAACUUACAGCAUCCGUUUCGGUAACCACACCCGCAAUUACUUCAGGCAAUCGCCUCCUUCUGCCUUCUAGUUUUUCUCAAUCUCUGUCUUCACCCUCAUCGCCCAUUCUUAGUCGACAGGCAAGCAUCGGUGGUUUUUGCUCACAAAAUAACCUUUAA